AUGCCGAGUGGUGAGUGUUGUCUCAAAGGCACGAUCCACGAAGGUGAAGCACGCGGGUCCUGGGAAGUGAUCGCAGAUGUCCAGACUUACGUAUCAAAACCGCCUACCGAUAAGGCAAACGGCCAUGUUGUGCUUUACUUCCCUGAUGUCUGGGGUAUGUUUGUCAACGGACUGCUGGUCAUGGACGCCUUUGCGGAUGCAGGGUAUCUAGUACUGGGCCUCGAUUACUUCCGUGGGGACCCAGUCUGGAAACAUCGAAAAGACAGAAAUGACACCUCUAACCCUGACUUUGACUACGAGGCUUGGAAAACCAAACACACAACUUUCGCGGAUGUUGCUGUGCCCAAAUGGGUGGACGCGGUUAAGCAACGAUAUGGAACGGAAACGACGGGGUUCGCCUGCGUAGGCUACUGUUUUGGCGCGCCAUACGUCUGCGAUGAGCUGGCAAAGAAUACGGUCACAGUCGGCGCAUUUGCGCAUCCGGCGUUUCUGAAGGGACAUCACUUCCUCAAUCUUAAAAAGCCUCUCCUCAUGUCCUGCUCCGAGGUUGACCAUACGUUCGAUGUCCCAUCUCGUAGAAGAGCGUUAGAUAUCCUUCAGUCCGAGAAGAAGAUCUAUCACUAUCAACUAUUUUCGGGCGUUGAGCACGGGUUCGCUUUGCGCGGUGAUUCCAAGGACCCGUACCAACGAUGGGUGAAGGAGCAGAGCCUGGCUGGGAUUAUUACGCAAGUCGCCAGUAUGGUUCCUCCUCGAGCUUUCGACUUCGCAGGGGAUGUGGCGAUCGUCACCGGCGCAGGCUCCCGGAUGGAUGGUGAAAUUGGAAACGGCCGGGCUGCAGCAAUCCUCCUUGCCAGGCACGGAGCUAAGGUUGCGUUGCUUGACUUGAAUGAGGACUGGGCUAGAGAGACCAGACGAAUGAUAGAUGAGGAAGGCGGGACGUCUGAAAUCAUCCAGACAGACGUCAGCAAAGAAGACUCUUGCAGAGAUGCGGUUUCUAAGACCGUUGAGCUGUUUGGUGCCGUUCAUAUACUGGUUAAUAACGUUGGCGUGGGGGGCGCUAUCGGAAAUGCCACGAACAUCAACCUCGAGGCAUGGGAAAGAGAUUUUCGGAUCAACGUAACGAGUAUGGUCAUGAUGUCGCGCUACGCGAUUCCCGAGAUGAGAAAGCAAGGGCGAGGUUCCAUUAUUAACAUCUCUUCUGUCAGUGGCUUACUCGGAGGUAACCCCAGUCUGCUCUAUCCCACAACCAAAGGUGCAAUCAUUCAAAUGACCAGAGCCAUGGCUGCUCAACACGGCUCGGAGAACAUUCGUGUCAAUUGCAUUGCUCCGGGCAUGGUCUACACUCCAAUGGUCCGAGGGCGUGGCAUGACCGAGGAAACAAGACAGGCUCGGAUCGACCAGAACUUGAUGAAGAAAGAAGGCACGGCUUGGGAUGUUGGGUACGCCGUUUUAUUCCUGGCCAGCAAAGAGGCUGGGUGGAUCACAGGACUAAUUAUGCCUGUUGACGGUGGUACUACCGCUGGCAGAUCAGAUAGACCGGCUCUCAAGGCCGAUGGUCUGGCGGCUGAGAACACAGGCAUUGAAAACUAA